AUGGAACCAGGAGGAGCAGGAGAAGGCGGUGGGUUUGGGCAUGAAAAUCUGCGAAACAAUAAACGUCUCAUUUGUCCGGCCACUCCUCCAUUAACAGCCAUAGACAGGUUCUUAUGGGGUCACAGCUUCCAUUUCAAUUCGAAUCAACAGCCACGAAACAAUCUGAAAAAUAAAGAAACAACACCCAAUGGAUUGACUGGUGGUUCUUUUUCUUCAUUUAGUGGAGCAAUUAGUGGCUAUGGAGGUGAAGUUUUGUGGCCAAGCAUCCAAGAGUUGAACAUUGUUAAUGAAGAAAGUGCUGUAAUAAAUAGUUCAUAUGGGAGGAACCUUAACGAGCUUUCAGAAGAAAUAAAAGUUGCAACAAAGAGUAGUUACAAAGGGAUUCCGAAGAAGGCUAAGAAAGCAUCUUCUCAAGCUUUGAUCAAGGGGCAAUGGACAGAAGAAGAAGACAGGAAACUGAUCAAGUUCGUGAAGCAAUAUGGAGUACGAAAAUGGGCUCAAAUAGCUGAGAAGAUGGCCGGUAGAGCGGGCAAGCAGUGUCGUGAGAGAUGGCACAAUCAUUUGCGCCCCGAUAUUAAGAAGGAUAGCUGGAGUGAAGAAGAGGAGAGAAUGUUAGUUGAAGCUCAUGGCAAAGUUGGGAAUCGAUGGGCGGAGAUUGCUAAGUGCAUUCCUGGGAGAACUGAAAAUGCCAUAAAAAACCACUGGAAUGCCACAAAAAGAAGGCAGAAUUCAAGGAGAAAGAGCAAACAGACACAAAAGCAAAAGGCUUUAAAUACAAAGCCUCAAUCUUCUGUGCUUCAAGACUACAUAAGAAGCAAGAUUAAUGCAACCAAUGCCACACAAACAUCCAUUGCAGCCGCCACACCAGCUAGCUCCACCGUAUCAGAAGACCCCACAUCAACGUAUUUCAAUCACUUUCUUCAAGACUUAUCAGAAUCCACCACAGAUGAUUCUCCACCUUUGAUCACUGAAACAUAUGAUGAAGAGCUAGUCUUCAUGCAAAACUUCUUUGCCAACAACAGUUACAGUCAACCAUCCAUUCAGUAUGAUGGAACCUCCUCAUCAGCUUUUGAUUCUUCUAAUCACCAGCUCUCCCAUGUAACAGAUUAUCAAUGUGGCUUCUCUUCAACUCAAAACCAAAACGUAGACACUCACACUACCCAGCUAUAUUCUGAUCUUUACCUGUCAUAUCUGUUGAACGGUGCCACCAUUUCUUCAUCUUCUGUUGAUUAUGGCUACAAUAAUUACACGAACAUGGAGUACUUCCAGGGAGACAAUCAUCAAGCUUUUACAUAUGGAAAGAAAGAGAUGGACUUGAUAGAGAUGGUAUCUUCUUCUCAUCAGUUCCCUAAGUAAGAUUGCUCUUGUGUUUUCAUGAAGCGUCCUAAUUCUGUUAGUGGGGUUAGGACAUUUGUUCGGUUACUGAAAAUUUGAGAAACAAGAACUGUUACAAAUGGAAUUUGGAUUUUUCUUAUGU